AUGUUCCUGACACUCAUUAUUGUAUUGUGCAUAGCGGCAUCGCUCGCCUACUACAAACGCGGGCGUACCCUCAUACCAAAAGGACUUUCUCCUGCCCCCGGUCCCAAAGGUCUUCCGAUAAUCGGCAAUGCCCAUCAGCUCGGGGCCCAACCGCAUCGACAGAUCACAUCCUGGGCGCGUACAUAUGGCGAAAUCUACAAGAUCCGGCUCGGAUGGAAUGACUGGUAUCUGUUGUGCUCUCCCGCUGCCGUGAAAGAGGUGAUGGAUCGUCAAAGCAAGGACUCGAGUUCGCGGGCCCCGAUGCCGGUCGCUAACGAUGCUUUGAGCGGGGGGUUGAGAUUCUUAUUUAUGGAGUAUGGCCCGGAGUGGAGAAAGCUGAGGGCGAUCAGUCACAAGCUUCUGACGCCUGGCAUGAGCAAGACGUUUCAGCCGAGUCAGGAGUGGGAGGCGAGGAUGUUGAUGGAGGAGGUGUUAAGGGGAGGCGACGCCGGCGAAAAAGGGAGUGAGGUCGGGUACAGGGCUAUAAGGAGAUACACUGUCAGUGUUAUCAUGACGAGCACUUAUGGGAGAAGGAUCAGUGAUUGGGACUGUGAUGAAGUGAGGGAAAUCUAUGGUAUUAUGAACGACUUCUCCACUAUAGCCGCCCCGGGCGCAUAUCUCGCGGAUACCCUUCCCUUCCUGGGCCGUCUGCCUCCACGACUCCAAUGGUGGCGCAAACCGCUAAAGCCGUACUUCGAUCGUCAAGCCAACCUCUGGAUGUCCCUGUUUUCUUCUCUCAAGACGCAAAUGGAGACCAAACAAGCUCCCGAAUGCUUCGUAAAACAGCUCAUCGAAAGCAAGUACGAGGAACAAGGAGUCAGCGAACUCCAAGCAGCUUUUCUAGCAGGCUCUCUUAUCGAAGCUGGAAGUGAAACCACCAGCGCAGCAACUAACAGCGCCGUGCUGUAUCUUUCCGCCUUUCCCGAGGUUCGUCAGAAAGCUUUCGACGAACUCGACAGAGUGGUCGGAUCCUCGCGAUCACCCACCUUCGAGGACGAAGAGAAUCUUCCGUACAUCCGCGCCAUUGUCAAAGAGACGAUGCGCAUCCGGCCCGUCACAAACAUUGGGUCGCCUCACUACACCACUGCUCCCAUCGUCUACAAAAACACAUAUAUCCCCGCAAAUUCGAUAGUCGCGCUGCAACAGUACCCUAUCCACUACGAUCCUGAGCUCUUCCCAGACCCGAUGCGUUUCGCUCCCGACCGCUAUCUCGCCUUCCCCGAGAAAGCAGGCUUCUAUGCUGGCGGCUCAGCGUCCUCGCGAGAUCACUGGAACUUUGGUGCUGGGCGGCGGAUAUGUUCCGGUCUACAUCUCGCGGAAAACAGCAUGUUCAUCGUGUUGGCGAAGCUGUUGUGGGCGUUUGAUAUCAGACCGCCGGUUGAUGAGGGGGGCAAUGAGAUGCAGGUUGAUCUCAGUGAUGAUGCGUUUGAACCGGGUGCGAAUACGAUUCCGAAGCCAUUCCAUGCGAGGUGGGUUGUUAGGAGUGAGCAGGUAAGACAAACGAUUGAGAGGGAGGUCAUGGAGGCGAAGCGAGAUGGCUAUGUGCUCAGGGGAGUGAAGAACGUGCCUUCCACGAACACAGAGACACGGCCCUUCGUAGCGCGCACUUCACACCUCAUAAAUCGAAACUCAACUGCUGCGCUUCGCUUCACAAGUGUCAAUACUACCCUACCUACGCUUUUUCUGCCGCCCGCACCUCCACCCGUUGUGGCCAUGGUAUCUGGAAAGGAUAGCUCUGCAGCAAGCCCGCAGCACACGACCCAACAACACCAGGGCGAGAGAGCGUUUAAAUUUCAAACAAAAGGUUCGAGAAACAUGGACAACAGCGUUCGAGAGCCUGAGUUGCGCGCGCUGCCAGUCCAGGAAACCGAAGGAAACGAUUGCGCGAUGAAGCAGUCCCCGGAACUGGUGCAAAUUGGAGCAGCAUAUUCGUCCCCUCCAGUCGCUUCCGACCAGAACGACAUUCGCUCUACAAGUACCGUGUACUCUUGUACCUCCUCUUCAAACGGAGGCAUUCAACUACACACUCCAGGCCCCGCCGUCGGUGCAGACAUCGGCGAUGCGUCUCCAUCGCCCGCUACGUACCCCCAUAUCUCGCCAGCGUCAGUCAGUCAAGUCUUCAGCUCUUCCCCGCUGCGACAGUCGCUUGAACCGCGCUACUCUCCUCCGAGUCCAUCAGCUGUCUCCAGCUCUUCCGCCUCGCCGGUAACGCCCACUUUCUCUCGGCCUCGUCACCCGCAGUCGGGUUUGGCUGAUGAUCCGCUGGACAUCGCAACUUUAGAAGAUGCCGAGAAGCCAGCGAAGGAUGGCUCGGACUGCCGAGAGCAUGACUCAGGUCGCGAUACAAUCGACUAUGCUGAGAGUGAUGAUUCCAGCGAGGCCGAUGAUGAAGAGAGUCGGUUACUGUACGUUGAUGGAAACGAUGUUACGAACUUGAAACCACCUAUUAAAGACGACACUGAGGAUGUGAUUAAUUCUCUGAUUGACGGAAGAGAUGGCAUUGUGGUCCCGCGUAUUGAUGAGAUCACUUCCAUCAAGUCGAAUGAGAUGGAUCUCCUCAUGGAAACUGCGCUGGAUGGUAUCACACCAACUCGCCGCGGCGCAUUUCCCCAAUCUGUUCGUGGCGCAUCCUUCCCCACAGGCCAGAUCAUGUCGCAACUUGCCGCACCUAGCUCGAUUCGCGAUAUGGCCCAAUCGCACGUGCAGUUUGCGACCAGCACGUCCGUUCAAGACACGCUUUUCGCCAAGACACUGAAGUACUUCAAACAAUCCAAAGACAAAGAGAAUACGCCCUCGAGGUCCCGUCGCAAAACAUUGCUGCCAGAUGAUAUCGCCGAGCUCGCGAAGGAUGCACAGCAGGAAGGCAUCGAGGAUGACAAGGCGCUGUGGGAUGAAUAUAAAGACCUUGACUUCGCGCCGCUAGACCCAGUUAUGGACAGCCAAAUUGCAGAAGACCUGAUCAUAGGCACUCCAGUGCGCAAGACAUUUGCUAGCGUUGAGGAGUAUAACACAGGAAUCGAUCGGUCCCAGGUGAUCAGGAUCCUGCCCAAAUCACGCGAAAUCCCCUGGGGCAAUAAGAAGAAGGACAACCAGGCAUCUGCUUCACUUGGCUUGAAAGACAAGUUCAUCGAAGGACAUGCUAACGAGACGGGCCCAAUGUACCUCGUCAACAUACCUGGACGCUUCAGUGACGCCUUUCAACUACGAUUUCGCAGCAGAGCUUCUAUCGGCCUGAUUGCGUCCUUCUUGCGCGAGCGCGGUGAGGCUUUGGAUGCUAGCAAGGAUGACAUUGAUUUUCUGGUCAAGGAGUUCCUAGAGUACCCCAUCGAAUUCACCACCCGGGAAUCCACCGAGAAAGAGCCGUUGAACUCUGACUCAGACAACGGUGUUAAUCUUGAAGACAAUCAGAAGAAUCCCGGAACCGGAUCUGUGACUUGCCACGGUGACGACUAUGGCCAUAGUCCGGACAAUCACACGCACGAGAAAGAAGUCAUAUCUCAGGCAGAGGACCCUGCUUUUGUGAAGGCUCUUGGUAUGGCCCCGGAAGCUAUGUUCUGGGUCGUCGCACAGCCGAUUGCACGUUACUCCUACAAGAUUUUGGGUGCAACCAUCAAAGCUUUCGACGCAGCGUUGCAACAGCUGAUGGGUGUUUCGUUGGAUGAGCCGCUUACGCCAGAGUCUUGGUCAUCUGAAUCGUCUGAGUCGUCUGAGUAACACGCCAUGGGUGGCACCGUCGCACGGAUUCGUACCUUUCCGGGCUGGAGUCGGGUCGUCACAUUCUAUGGACAUGAAAAUGGCUGGAUUUGUUAUUGAUCCAUGCGAGAGCUGGGUAAAAGGGGCCUGUAGUUCACUGAGUGGGAUACUGUAUCCGGGGCGUAGGGAGUGUGACAAGGCACAGUGAAAAAUGGGCUUAGCAGGUUGAAUUAGAUGAAUAUCGAAGAGUCUUAACGGGCUUACAGUGACGCUAAAGAGGAGUGAUCGUGCAUCGUGCAUGUGCGAGGCACAGCAAUGCUACGCCGCCGGUGAAGGGUUGCAUCCAGAGCAUCAUGUUCCCAAAGAAAACGCAUCUUUGAUAUCUUGA